UUCUUGUUAGUGCUUUCCAUUAAUGAGAAAGUUAGAGAGACUUUCCCACUUAAUGACGUACUGAUCUCACUUUCGGUCUUAUCAUGGUCUAUUGCAUUACCUGUUGUCACCAAAUCCGUGGGAUUUUCUAUUUUUUCACCAUGGGGAAUAACAAUCACUGUAGCUGUGAUGGCUCUGAUAAUCGGAUACAAAACUGUGAAACGGAGCGCGAAAGUGAGCUUCAUAUUAUUGGGCGUCGCUGGUGGAAUCACAGUGUUGGGUAUCAUUCUGUUAAUUGCUUUAAGACUUACUAAGCGAGAACUAAUUGCAGGUAUUCUGUUUGGCAUAUUUUUGGCUUUCGCUGUACUCAUAGUGUUAUAUCUCAC